AUGGCGUCCCGAUCGCGGAUUCGUUCUUCAUCCCUCGUAUUGAUCACUUUAGGUAUUACUGCUUUCUGCACUCUACUUGCAAAGGGUAAUAGGCAGUUCAUCUUUGCUCCGAUGCCAAACAAAAACGACGACUCCAAACCUACAAAUAAUGGUGUUGUUAUCCAGGCUUUGGAAGAAGAAGAAACUAAUAUUCGUGUACUUUUUCCGAGAACGUUAUUUGAAGACCAUAUUACCUUGUCACCAAGAUCUGGUCCGUACAACUAUCCUCUACCAAACUCUCUGAUCAAACAAACAACAACCGAUGUCAUCAACUCUACAGUUGUUUUAACAUCUGAUCAAGAUAUAAAAGUUAUUUCAUAUAGCCUCAUGAAGGCUACAUCGGAUGCGUUUUCGGUUGUACCCAUGAAGUAUCUGGGUAGGGAAUACUUCCUAGCAUUGUUUUCAAUAAUGACAAGCGAGAAAAGUUUUCGGGGCACAGUCACGAUAUCUGCUUUAGAUAAGAAAGCAAGAAUUGAAAUCUUUCUGAACUCUACUGUCCAGUUUCAGAAUGGCAUCUAUUACAACAGUGACAUUUUGCGAUACACUCUUAGUCCAUUCGAAUCUCUGCAGCUUCGUCCGAAAUAUACAAACAUAACAGGCUCUCGUGUUGUCGCAAACACAUCCGUUACAGUAACCGUUGGUGCUGAUUGUGCUGAUGUUCCCGAAGGUGUUCAGUAUUGUGACCAUCUUGCAGAACAAUUAGCACCAGUAGAAGCAUGGGGAGUACUCUAUGUGCUAAGCCCAUUCCCAAUGAGACGUUCUGGAUAUCUAUUUCAAAUAGUAGCAGGUCGGAACAACACGACUGUCUCCUACAACGGAUCUAAAAGUUAUAUGAAUAUGGGUGAUUAUUUAACAGUUGAUAUUCCAUCCCAAAAUAUGACCUUCGUAUCUGCAGACAAGCCCAUUUCCAUCAUUCAGUAUGUCAAAGGGAAAAACUCAGACAGCAUGACUAAUUCUGACCCUUCAAUGAUCCGAGUCAGUCCAAUUGAACAAUAUGUAAAGAGAACAGUCUUUCCUGUACACGAAGCCAACAGAACGUCAACGUUGACAAACAUUGACACCGUCUAUCUUGAAGUAACCUCUGAGUGUAAAUAUUUGAAGAACAUCACAGUUUUUCAAAACUAUCAACCGUACUAUUCAGAUGCCCUUCGUGGGAUAGCUCUAAGACUCAAGGCUGCAUUGAUACCGGAAUCACUGCACGUGUACCACGAGCUAUCACAUAUUAAUCAAACAUAG